GAAUAAAUCCAAAAACACAUAACAACUUGGGAAUCUAAACUCUCUUUUGGACCCCAUUCACUAUCUUCUCUCUUAGAUUCAGAGAGGAAAGAGAUAGAUAUCGAAUAUGGUUCACACAAUCCUCGCUGAUCCUCUUCUAGGAAUCAACCAAGAAACGGUCGCAGAGACUAAGAAACACAGAAACAAUCUGAGGCUUGCUCUUCCUCUGCUUCUUCUGACUCUAGUCUCGAUCUCAGGUUAUUGCUUUAGUAACAACAUAACAGUUUGGUUGUCGAGAGAAGCGACCAACCGUCACAGCCAUGCAACCAGAAGUGACGCGGUUGAGUCAGAGAACGGUGUUGUCGCUGCUGACGACGGCAGGUGCUCGGAUAUUGGUGUCUCUGUUCUCAGAAGAGGUGGGCAUGCGGUUGACGCCGCCGUGGCUACUUCCUUAUGCGUCGGUGUUGUUAAUCCCAUGUCUAGCGGAAUUGGCGGUGGAGCCUUCUUGAUAGUUAGCUCCAUGGAAGAUUCUAAAGCUGAGGCCUUUGACAUGAGAGAAACCGCUCCAUUAGCUGCUUCUAAGGACAUGUAUAAGAGCGAUGAGGACGCGAAGUCCAUAGGCGCGUUGUCUAUGGGAGUCCCAGGAGAGAUAGCUGGACUCUACGAGGCCUGGAAACGGUACGGCCGUCUUCCAUGGAAGCCGCUUUUCGAGCCAGCUAUUGAGCUGGCCCGAGGCGGCUUCGUGGUGGCUCCGUAUCUCGGACGAGCCAUAUCGAAACACUCUUCGAUGAUACUUAAAGACCCGGGUUUGCGUAAUGUCUUCUCAAGAAACGGACAGGUUUUGAAUCCCGGUGAGACUUGCUAUAACCCGGAACUAGCUCGGAGUCUGGAGAUGAUCUCCAGGCUAGGUCCGGCUGCGUUGUACAACGGGACAGUAGGCCAAAAGCUCGUCAACGAUGUGAAAAAGGCGGGAGGGAUCAUAACUAUGGAUGACUUAAGAAGUUACAAAGUCAGAGUAACCAAUGCAAUGGCUUCGGAUGUUAUGGGUUACAAGAUCUACGGAAUGCCACCUCCGUCGAGCGGAACGGUUGGUUUCUCGAUGGUUAUGAACAUCUUGGACAGCUACUCGGAGCUAUACACUGGUUCAGGUAAUGAUCUUGGCCUCCACCGUUUGAUAGAAGCAAUAAAACAUAUGUUCGCAGCUCGGAUGGAUCUUGGAGACCCUGAGUUUGUCAACAUAACAAACGCUAUGAACCACAUGCUAUCAAAGCCUCGUGCGGAAAGUAUACGAGAGAGGAUCUUGGACAACACGACGUUCCCUCCUGAGUACUAUUUGAACCGUUGGAGCCAGCUUAGAGACCAAGGGACGAGUCAUUUCUCCAUUGUGGAUUCGGAGAGAAACACUGUGUCUAUGACGACAACUGUGAACUAUGUUUUUGGUGCUGGAGUCUUGUCUCCUUCCACGGGGAUCGUGCUUAACAACGAGAUGGAUGAUUUCUCUGUACCGACGGAGAACACUCCUGACAAUCUCCCUCCUGCUCCUACAAACUUCAUUGAACCAAACAAGAGACCAUUGUCUUCCAUGACACCUCUUGUUAUCACCAAGGACGGUGAAUUGGUGGCAACGCUUGGAGGAAGCGGAGGAAUGAAGAUAAUCCCGGCGGUGAUUCAAGUCUUCCUUAACUUCUUUGUGUUGAAGAUGAAACCGUUAGAAGCUGUAGAGAGUGCAAGAGUUUACCAUAAGUUAAUACCGAACGUUGUUCAAUAUGAGAACUUCACGGCGAUUAACGGUGAUCACAUAGGAGUUACUAAAAAUAGCGAGAUGUUUUUAGCAGAGAGGGGACAUGAGCUUGAGGAGAUAUCAGGUGGAGCUAUUGUUCAACUUAUUGUUCAGAGUUACAAGGAAGAAGAAGAUGAGAUGAUUAUUGAACUUGGAAGGAAGCUUGGUAAAGACUCUAGCAAGAGACUGAAACCUUUCAAGGGAUUGCUCACUGCAGUUAGUGACCCUCGUAAAGAUGGUAAGCCAGCUGCAGUUUGAUUUUUACUAAUAGUUUCCUCAUAUUCAAGUAUCAUUUUCUAUCAUUUAAAGUUUAAUAAACGAUGUAUAUAAAACUUUAUUAUUAUUAAAUUGUAAAUUACAGUUUGGUAAAAGGAAAAUCAAACCUAAAGUUAUUACAUUA